AUGGAAAAUAGUACAGAGUAAAAAGACGCGGGCGGUUUCCUUUGGAAUCUUGUUUACAUCAUCACUUGUACCACCACGCACGGAGGAGAGAAACACGAACGGCAAAGAGGGGGAAAGAGAGAUUUCAAAGCUUGACAAUGGCCGACUCAACCGAAGAAUUCGAACCCCUCUUCGAUUACAGCCGCGUUCAACCCUUCGAAGUUGUCUGUCUCGAUGAUGAUUGUCAAGAUUCAUCCCCAGCUGUAAAUGCCAAACGAAGGAAGCUUCCUGAUUCUGCUGUUGAGAAGGUAGAAAAUAAUGGGAAAGUCGUACACAUAGUUGACUGUGAAGAGAAGGAAGAGGAUGAUUGGCUACCUCCUCCUCCCAAGGUUUCAAAUGAGGCCCGGGAGUUUGGCGAGGAUUCAACUAUAAAGGAGUUGAGGUUAAAGAAGCAGGAGUUGGCAGAAUUUGCAAAAUCAGCAAAAGAAGUGCUGCGUUCUGUGGAAGAAUCUGUGAAAAGAGAUUUUAAUUCUUCCUCAGUACCUGCAGUAGUGAUUACAGCUGACCAGCCAUCAAAGCCUCCUUGUGAAAGAGCUAAAAUAGUUAUUUCCAUCCAGGAAAAGGAAGGAGUCAAGCAAUUCCGCGUGUAUAAGGAUGAUAAGUUCGAGCGGCUCUUCAAGUUGUACGCAGAUAAAAGUAAGCUUGAUUUACAAAGAUUAGUUUUCUCUUUUGAUGGGGAUAAAAUUAGUCCAACCACAACUCCUGAUGCCCUUGGGAUGGAGGACGAUGACAUUAUUGAAGUGAACAUCAAGUUAAGUUGAUCAAAGUUUUCGCUUAAUCUAAGGCAGUGAAUUGGAUGUCAUAUGGGAACUUCUCUUCAGGUUAUGCUGUUGAAUUCUCCUAACCCUUUUGGUUAAGGUCUUUUUUGGUUCUAAUAUUUGGUGAAGUUUGACUACAAGUUGUAUAGCUUUGAAUGAAGUUUUUGCUCUAGUUUUGAAGAAGCCUAACCGUGUAAUGACAACUUGUAAAAUAGGUACAAUUAAGCAUAAAGUCUUGCUUUUAGUCUCUAUGGACAUUGUAAUCACUUCGCGUUAAUGGAAAAUGUGAAAUCUUGUUAUAAUUGCA